GCCAGGGGGCUGCCGAAGGACAGAAACUGCACCCAGGAGGGGGGCAGGCCUGGGCCUGGGCCCCCCGUGUCCCCCGAGGUGAGAGCUGGGACGCCGGACCCCAGGGGCUGAGAACCAACGUCAGCUGCCUGGACUCCUGGGUCUCAGGGGAAGGGGGCUGCCGAGAGCUGGAGGCUGGGCUCCCUGGGUGCCGGGAUGACAGGGCUGGGGAGUUCGUACACUGAACCAACAGGCUGGAGGAAGGAAGUUGUGGGCCCCUGCAGCUGAGGUGCUGCGCUGCUCACCGGGUUCCGAGGUCGGAAGUGGUGGUUUGGGGGCGAGGUUCUGGAGAAGGCGGACUCUUGGCCUGAUACCCUCCUGCCUGCAUCCCAACCCAGCGUGGACUUUGGCUCUGCAGGGCGAGCAGCCUGAGCCCCACCCCAGCCCCACCCCUCCUCCCCUGCCUCUCCACAGGACCAGACUGGGACUGGGAGAGCCCGAGGGGACGGAGGGGGCCCCACAGAACCGGCAUGUGGGGCUACCUGUCCCUGCUGCCCGCCUUCCUGGCCCUCUGGGCAGUCUCCGGCGUCUGGACCGUUUUUGCGAUUGCGGUGGCCAACGGGGCUGUGAACCUCACCGAAGGCUUCCCCUAUAUCAGUCUCUGUGGAUCUUACCCCCCCCAGAGCUGCAUCUUCAGCCAGCUGCUCAACAUGGGAGCUGCUAUGGCCGCCUGGAUCUGCAUUCUCCGUUACCACCAGCUCCGGGACUGGGGGGUCGGAAAGUGGCCUAACCAGCUGAUCCUGUGGACGGGGCUCCUCUGUGCCCUGGGCACCUCGGUGGUGGGCAAUUUCCAGCAAAAGAACCAGCUGCCCACGCACCUGACGGGGGCCUUCUUUGCCUUCUUCGUGGGCAACCUCUACUUCUGGCUGCAGCUCCUCCUCUUCUGGCGCAUGCGGAGCCUGCCCCAGCCGGGGGCCCCCUGGAUCGGCCCGCUCCGCCUGGGCCUCUGCGGCCUUUGCACCAUCCUGAUGGUGGCCAUGGUCGUCCUCCACACCUGGCCCCUGCGCUCCGCGUCUGCUGCCUGCGAGUGGGCUGUAGCCAUGCUGCUGUUCACGCUCUUCGGCCUCUUUGCUGUGGACUUCUCCAGCCUGGACGGUUGCGCCCUGUGCCUCCAGCCAGGCCCCAGCCUCAGCGUCCCGCCGGCCUCUCCCGUCACCCUGCAGGUCCGGCUGUGAACGCUGGUGAACACGGGUCCUUGCCCGCCUGCCCCUGAAGUUAGGGCCACCAGGAAGCGAGAGGCCAAGGCCAGCCAGUGACCCUGCUCAAGGCUAUUUAUUAUUAUUAUUUGUUUUUGCCGCCGGUGGAGUCAGACAUGGACGGACGCAGGAUCACGCGGAACCAGAAUUCCUUCCGGAGAGCAAAUCCGUACAGAAGGUCGUGGGGAAGGGGAGGACUUAGGGGG